AUGCGCUUGCUGCGCGUAGCAGUCGUGCUGGCGUGCGCCCUUCUCGCCACGAGCUGGGCACGCGACCAUGACAUCCUGCAAGGAACGGAAAAAACCAUCGACAAGGCCACUGGAGCCUUGCACGCCGCCAAGGAUGGCCUCAAGUCUGCCCAAGCCAAGACUGCUAGCGCCGCAGAGACGGCCUCCAUCAAUGCCAAAACCGGGGCGCAGACCGCGCAAGCCAAGGCCACCGAGGCUGCGCAAUCCGCCCGUGAAGCUCUGAAUACGGCCACCGAUUACAUUCAACGCGAGAGCCAAACGAGUCAAGAACUUAAAGGCAUGGAUCGCUUGAAGACUCGCCUCGGGCUGCAGGACGUUCCCAACCCCACCAUCCGUGAUCGCGUGAACACCCAGCUGGCCAAGGCACAGGAACUGGUCCGUCAGGGCUCUCUCGAUGCCCGUGAGGCGUACGAGAGCCUUGAGGCCCGCUUGGCCGAGGAAUCUCUUGAGCCGUCAACCUUUGACCGCUUGAAGCAAGCACUGGGCCUGCAACAACCCAACACCCGUCAACGCCUGGAGGCCGAGGGCGCCAAGCUACGCGAGCAGGCCAGCCAUCUUAUUGAAACUUCGCAAAGCCAAGCUGUCUUCCUUCGCGACGCUGCCGUCUCCCUGGCGGGCCGCGCGACCGAGGCGGCACACGAAGCCAAGAUUGAGGCCGAGAAGCAGGCCGCCCACGCCCAGAAGCACGGUCUACGUGAAAAGCUGGGCUUGAAGAAACCCACGGCCACACUGCGCGAUCAGGCGACCGAGCAGGCCGAGGCCUUGCGUGAUAGUGCCGAAUCCAUUGCCACCCGUCUCUCCGCCCAGGCCGACACGUGGGGCAGCCGCCUGUCUUCCGCCAUGUCAGAGAUGACCGACUUUAGUGGUGAUCAGCUGACCAAAGCCCGUGCAGCGCUUGCCGACACCUCGGACGACAUUCGCCAAUAUAGCCGUGACCUUUAUCACCAGGCCAAGGAGCAGAUGCAGCCCUCCGAUGCCAGCAGUUCCUACCUUCAACAACUCGAGUACAGCUUGGGCCUGGCCGAGGCGCCCCAUGCAACCGUGCGGGAUCACAUUGACGCCGGUUUGAGCGCCUCCAAGGACGGCCUGGCCACUGCUUCGGAGCAUCUCAGUGCUGAAGGCAAGGUGCUCGGUGAUCGUUUGCAAAAGGCUGCUCAUGUGGCCAAGGAGAAGUCAAAGGUGCUUGGUGCCAGUGCAGCCGAGCACGCUCAAGAGUGGUCUGAAUCCCUCAAGUCGACCGCCCACAAGGCCUCAGCCAAGUUGCAAGCCACAGCAGCCCAUGUGCAAGAGGCAACGGGUGAGGCCAUGGAUAAGGCCCGGGCGCACGCUGCCGAAGCCAAGGCGCAAGCCGCCGAUGCCCGUGCCAAAGCCGGCAAGCAUGGUGAAGAGAUUAAGCAGAACGCCGAAUCGGCCUGGCAAUCAGCCAAGGCCACGGGCCACGAAGCUGCAGAGGACUUGAGCGCCCGUGCUAGCAACCUGGGCACCCAGCCCACAUGGUGGCAGCAAACCCAGCACUAUCUCUUUGGCACACCCCUCCGCACCGAGCAGGCAUGGCACGAUGCACGUAGCAAGGCGUCCGAGGGCUGGCAGGCGACCCGCGAAAAUGCCGGUCAUGUUGCCGAUCAGGCCCGUGAGCGCUGGGCUGAUGUCAAAGACAAGGCGGCCAGUGGAUGGGACACCGCCUCAGGCCAGGCACGCCGCACGGCAGACCAAGCCACUGAUUCACUCCGUGCUGCUCGCCAGACCGCCGGCGAGAAGCUCGAGGACAUUGAGGCUACAGGUACCGCCUACACUGAGAAGGCACGCCACGGUGCCGAGUCUGCUGCAAACAAGGCGCAGCAUGCGGCGCAGCGAGCAGCUUCGGCCGGCCAACAGGCUGGUGCCACCGCCACCAACAAGCUGCGCGAGGCUGUUGACCAGGUGAAGGAAAACAAGUACAGCGAGCAAGUCCACUUCACGACCCACCCUGACACCUGGCACGACAUGCGUGGUCUUGUCGAUGGCAUGCUUGAGGGUACCCACCAACGCGGCCAAAAGGUCGCAGAUGAGGUCAAGGCCCAGACACAUCACUUGGCCGACAAAGCCGGUGCCGUGUACCACCGCGGUAAGGAGGGAGCUUCCGAGGCCGUGCGCAAGUUGCACGCUGGCGUGAAGGAAGUCCCACCGAUUGCGGAGAACGAGUCUCAACGCGUUCGACAGGCCGUCGUGCAAGGGACUCAACAGGUCAAGGCGGGCGCCCAGAACCUCAGUGCGGGCACUCGCAAGGCCAUUGCCAAUUCAGAGCUUGAGGAUGCCUACCAGCAAGCAGCCAGCGCUCUCAAGUCGAUGAGUGACUUGAGCGGUAACAUUGAGAAGUCGCUCUGUGAGCACGCGCCCACCAAGACGACACAGCUGCAUCGUCAAAUCCAUCGCCACUUUGACUCGGUUGAUGCAUCCGCGCGCGAUGCUUUGAAGCAGCUCGGCAAGAAGCGCGAUAACCUGGUCAAGUCGACGCGAUCUUUGUCGGACGAUGCGCGCGAGCGCAUGGAAAGCGAAAAGCAACGGUUUUUGGAAACCUCUCGAGACUUUGUUGAGAUGAUGGGCAGUGCUCAGCAGGCUCUCAAGGCCGAAACUGACCGCAUUGUCGGCACAGACUGCACGCUCUGGGAGAAGGGUCAAGAGUUGAGCGAGGACUUUCUGGAUCGACUCUCCGACUUGAUGGACGACUGCUACCACUCGAUGCAGGACUACACUGAGCGCGCUGCUGCACAGCUGAAGCAAACCGUCUCCCUACACUAA